UCUUGGGUAAAGGCAAGGGAGGGCUCCCACGACCCCCGCACAGAGCAAGCGAGGAACCUUGCAUACAAAUCAGCUGAAGAACAGCUUCGUCUUUGGAGGGGAGGCUCCAUGGGGAAGAAGAGGAAGCAGGAUCCAGGGAGGGACGACUCGAGCUCCUCCGAUGCCAAGCGCUGUAGGUUUUGCCACUGCCAGAAUGGGGAGACGAGCAGGCCAAAUGACGGCAUGCCGCCUCGGGAGGGGCUUGUGGAUAUCGUUCGCGCCGUUAUCGAAUUGAAAGAAGUCAUGCAGGUUAAAUUGAGCACCGAGGAAAAAUUCAAGAGCAAAAUUAAAAAGCUCAAGGAAAAGAGGAAAAAAGACAAGAAACAACAUGAGGAAGAUCUCAGAGUACUCAAGGCAGAUCUCAGAAAACUCAAGAAAAAUCAAAAAGAGCUCAAAUUCCAAAUCCAAGAAAUGCGAAAAGAAGAGUGUGUUGAAGUAAAUCAUUACAAGGCAUCUCCAUCUCAGAGAUCAAAACUAAGCCAAUCAACAAGAUUUCGACUAGCAAUUGAAAAUAGCGUGAAGAGUACAAUUUACAAAAACAGAAUUGUACAGACUGAGGAUGGUGGAGGUCACAUAAAAGUUGUCAUGUACGAUGGUGAUGAUCCAAUUGCGUCUGACCACGAUCUUGCUUCAGUAGAAGUUGAGCUAGUUCUCAUUGAAGGAGCGUUCGAUAAAAAUCGAGAUUCGUGGUCUAAGGAAGAGUUUAAGGAAAGCAUAAUACAACCGCAAAAAACAACGGGAUUGACAAGUCUAGUGAAAAAUGGUACCUUUGAUUUGAGUGAUGGGAAGCGUGACUAUAAAGGUGCCAUUAUUAUGGAUAAUUCGAAAAAAAAGGAAGUUAAGCUUGGAGUAAGGAUCGCAGGGCAUACAAAAAUAAGAGUUCUUGAAGGAGUAUCAAAUCCGUUCAAAGUGCAGGAAGGGAAGACAGAAAAGUCAGGUCCAAACAAAAAGGGUAAUAAACCUUCUCCUCCUGUUAGAGCGGGAAACUUGGUACAGCCAACCAGCACCAAGGCAACACAUCAUGAUGAUAAUCGACCAGCUAUUGUGCCACUGAUGGUUGAGGAAAAUGGGCAUGAACUAAAUGGCAAUGGUCAACAACCUUGUCAACAAAUUACGCAAAUCCCGUGUCUACAAACCAGCACCCACUCAAUGCAACAUGACCAAAACUAUAAUCUGUCAUCAACUAGCAUGCAGAAUCCAUUGCUGGCAGCAGAUCCAGGAUAUUGUGGACAAGACCAGUACACUUGUUUUCUUGAUUCAAGUCCACAAUUUGCAUGUCCAGACCUUUACGCGCCAUUGAGUGAAUUUUGCCAGUGGACUUCCGCACCCAAUGAAUGGAGACUUCCAUCACAAAGUGUAGAGGAGGUAUUUGUUGAAGAUGUGCCUAAUUUAUAUGUCCGGACACAAAUUCAAGAGACAUGUGAGUCAUAUAAGAUUGGUCAAGUACUACUUCAGUGGGAUAAGCCUCAUGUGGAGCUCAAGGAACAAUGGAACUUUCUUGAUCAGCUCAUGCCUCUGUACAGCACACAAGCAGUGUUUUAUAGAGAAAGUUUCCCCAGUACGAGCCUCAUGGAGAAAGCCCAUAAGUUAAUGGGCAGUAUUUCAUCAGGCGAUUCUGUUAUGAAGAUUAUCACCAGUCUUCCAAGUCGAACCACACAAACUCCUUAGAGGAGAGGCGUUCUCAUUCGGCCCAUUGAGCCAUAUGAUUCAGAUGAUGAGCCACCAGUUAAGAAGCAAAGGAAUGCCAAAUAUCAAUUGCGAUUUUUCAAUAGGGUGUGCAAUGACUACUAUACACGGGAACAAAUCAAAUCAGAGGAUGGAAAUCUUUUAAAGGUGGCUUUGUAUGAUGAGAACAAUUUGCUAGUCACAUCUGGUCCGCUGUCUUUAGCUUCUGUGGAGAUUGUACUACUUCAUGGUGAUUUCAAUGCUGAAGGUCAAGACUAUUGGACACCAGAGGAGUUCACUGCCUUCCUAGUGCAUCCUAAAUCUGUACAAGAACCACCAGCAUUGGGAGGUGAUCGUGUCUUGACACUGACUGAUGGAGAAGCAGACCUUGGCAAUGUCUAUUUCCAGAUUUCCUCCUUCCAUGCCAGAACUGAAAAGUUCAAGAUGGGUGUUGAGAUUAAAAAUGUAAGAGAAGUGAGUGUUCAAGAAGGAAUCACUAGGCCAUUUCAUGUGAGAGUUCGCCAAGGGGAAGAAUCUAGCCGCCAUCGGAUCACAUCUCUUGAAGCAUUGCUCAGAGUGAAAAUAGAAUUGCCCAAACAAGUAGAAUGUGAUGCCAGGGAAAGCACCGGCGGAUCAUCGGCCAUGGACGAUCAGUCGUUGCAGGUGAGAAGUAUACUGGGGGCAUCGUCGAAGUUGGAGGACCAUGACAACAUGGUUUGGAUGGCUUCCGAUCAAUCUUCAGCUAGUCCCUUGAGGGACUCUGUUUUUCCCCUUGAUAUAUUUUGGAGUACGUUUUCCGAUCAACCUCCAGAGAGAAUGAGAAGGGAGCUUCAGUUACUCUCCACAGAGAAGAAUAAAGAUGCAGAUUACUCUACUGCUAUGGAUCAACCUCCAGAACGUUUUACGAGAAAGAGAAGGGAGCUUCAGUUACUCUCCACAGAGAAGAAUAAAGAUGCAGAUUACUCUACUGCUAUGGAUGGCGGAGUGAGGACUGAUCCUGACUCUGCUGCUGUGCCCGGCGGAGUGUGGCCGAGUGAUCCUGACUCUGCUGCUAUGCACAGCGUAUGGCCGGGCUGUCCUCCGCCCUGAGUGGGAAAGAAUCACAUGCACCAAACGUUCCGCUUUUUUCCAUCACUGCAAGAUCCAAAGAUGUUUUUCCUUUGAGGAACAAAGAUGGUUAAUUAGUAGAAAUAAAAUCCCAAAACCCAAAAUAGCACGAAUGCUUACUUCUAGUGAUCGUUAAGAUUCUCACUAGUUUAGUGAAGCAAGACAACAUAUCCAACGAUCAAAUAUUUAUUCGGUGCUAUUUUUCCUAUCAUGUC